CUACGGGUGCCGGUGGACUGGGAGGACGCGAUGUGUCUGCUCCUGGGGCCCACAGGCGUGGGGAAGACGCUGCUGGUAAAGCGCCUCCAGAAGCUGAGCUCUCGGGAUGGGACUGGCGACCUGGGGGAGCCGCCCCCGACGCGGCCCACGGUGGGGACCAAUCUUACUGACAUCACGGUUCAGAGAAAAAUCACCAUCCGGGAGCUGGGUGGCUGCAUGGGCCCCAUCUGGUCCAGUUACUAUGGAAACUGCCAUUCUCUCCUGUUCAUGAUAGAUGUCUCUAACCCCACCCAGCUCUCUGUGUCCUGUAUGCACCUCUUGGGUCUCCUUUCUGCAGAACAACUUGCAAAAGCAUCAGUCUUGAUACUCUUCAAUAAAAUUGACCUACCUUGCUACAUGACCAUAGAGGAGAUUAAGUCAUUAAUGAAGCUUCCAGACAUCAUUGCCUGUGCCAAGCAGAACAUCACCAUGGCAGAAAUCAGCGCCUGGAAAGGCACUGGCUUGGCUGCGGUGCUACGCUGGCUCCAGGACACGCAUAGAACGAACAGUUGACUACAAGGCAGAGAAAUGUGGCUUGCCCACAUUGUGGAGAAGAGGCAAAGGGUGGCAUUGCUUGGCUUCCAGUGGUUUAUCCUUAAAGGGACAGAAUGAUACAACAUCACUCUAGAUGAGUUGCAGUAAUGGGUGGACUGAGGCACCCCGAAUAUGGAAGCUCCUCACAUCUAGCAUCUGAGCAAUAAAACUGUCCCCACGGCUGGGAGAGGAGGACAGGCCUGCAGGUGGCUGAAUGUCAUGCCAUCAUGGAGUGGUGCUCCAGGGUUUGUUCCCUCCUGCCAGGAGACACACAGGAGUUUGCCCCAUGUGUAUGUGACUGCAUGGCACCAUUGAGGCCUGCCCUCUGGCCUGUAGUAUACACUCCAAUGUGUUUGAGUUUCCAGUACUGUGACUACAUGUCCCUACAGGUGUGAGGUAGAUGAGGUCAGUGUGACAUAUGUAUAAGAACCACACCUCAAGUUAGAAACGAGAUCCAGAGUCUUCAUUGUUUCUCUCAUUUGGUAAACAUUUCCUGCCAUGAGGUGCCCAAGGGUGCAUGGGCUCCCACUAGUGUGGGAGGAGAGGCUCAGAAGCACAGGGAGUGACAGGUUAGCAAGUGAGAAGCACGAUAAAUUUAAUUAAAGCUUUUUUGUUUCUUUGUUUUUAAGUAUCGAGACAAAGUCUUACCCUCUUGGAUAGGCUGGCCUCAAACACCUGAACUCAUUGGAUCUCCCACUCUGACCUCCCAGAGUGCUAAUAAUUAAAGUUUUAUAUGACAUGGAAGUACCUGGAAAUGAAGACCUACAGACCUAGGGAAGACUGUUAUUCUUAGGUUUGGUAAAGAAGGGACAGCUGUGUAGAUAGAUCAUUAGUCAAAAGGAUAUGAUCUGGGCUGGGCAGGGUGGCUCAUGCAUCCCAGCACUCUGGGACCUGAGGCAGGAGGAUUGCUUGAGCUCAGAAGUUCAAGAAAGACUCUGUCUGUACUAAAAUUAGAAAAAGUUAACCAGGCAUUGUGGCAGACACUUGCACUCCCAGCUACUUGGGAGGCUGACGCAGGAGGAUCACGAGCCCAGGAGUUAGAGGCUGUCAUGAACUAUGAUGAUGCCACAGCACUCUACCCCAGGCGCCAGAGUGA